CAUACAGGCUUCCGUACUUUUGUCUGUCGUUGCAGUUUGCACUCGCACCAAAACAGGGAUCCCAACAGCCUUCACCAGGUACAGUAUGACAUCAGCGAUGAUCUCAGUGCCCACCACAGCAUCACGAUUCGCUCUGCUGCAGGUCGACUCUGAUUCGGACAGUGAUUCGGAUGCAGGAAAGCCAAAGGCGGGUCGUGGAGCAGGGAAGCCCCGCUCUGGGAAAUCUCCCAGUGGGAAGAGCAACCAAAACAACGACAAGAAGAAAGAGAAGAGGAGACGAAAGAAGGAACAGCAGCAAAGUGAAGCCAAUGAGCUCCGGAGUCUGGCCUUUAAGAAGAUCCCUCAGAAGUCUACAGCACCCCCCUCCACGCUUACGCUGCAGGAUUUAGCAAAUGAUCUGCUGAACCCAGCGGCUGUCCAGCCAAGGUCAACACCAAAGGAGAACUGGCAGGAGUGGAAACAGAGAGAUGAACAGCUGACCAGUGAAUUGUACGAGGCAGAUCUGGAGAAGGCCUUGAUGCUGAGUAAACUGGAAUUUGAGCAAAAGGAUGUUGAAAAAACAGAGACGGCAUCACCAAAGGCCAAGACAGGAGGGAAAAAAGACAGGAAGAAGAAUCAGCAGGGGAAGGACAAACGAGUGACCGUGUCUCUCAAAGACUUCCAGCAGGAGGGCACUAUGGAUCAGCAGAAGAGGCCUGACAGAGAGGAAUUGAAGCCCGUGAACCCAGCGCUGCGUGAUGACAGGUUCUUUAACCAGCUAGAGGACGACGUGAGUCGGAUCGUCCAGCGUGACAAACGCAGAGAGCAGUACAGCAACAGCGCCAGCCAUGAGGUCAACACAUCCUCAGAGCAAGAGCAGGAUGUGAGAACUGAGCAGUUAAAGUAUGAACUGGAAAAGAAAGACCAGGAAAUUGGAAAGUUGAAAAAGACGAUUUCACAAUGGGAGGUAAGAUAUAAGGAAGUGAAGGCUAGAAACACUCAGCUGCUUAAAAUGCUUCAACAGGGAGAAAUGAAGGACAAAGCUGAGAUUCUACUGCAGGUGGAGGAGCUCUUGAACAUCAAAGAGGAGUUGUCCUCGCAGGUGGCACAACUGCAUGCAGCUCUUGAACAGGAGAGGUCAAAGGUGAAAGGCUUACAGUCAGAACAACCGAAACAUCAGGGGAACCGAAAGGGGAAGAAAGCAUCAGACGGGGAUUUAUGAAUAUUGCACUUAAAAAGAAAUAGACAGCUUGAAUGCUCCACCUCCUUUGUCAGGCUGCUAAUAUCUUUAUGGCUUAUACAUACAAAAGCUUCUCACCAUUUCUUUGAUACCAUAGCUCUUGUCAUCAUAUGCAUCCUUUGUCCUGUUAGUCUGAUCACUCUGACUUCUGGUAAAAUCACUAUUAUUACUGUAUUAUAUUAUUACAGUGCAUCCUCUGUUGUUAUGAUGAGGUUUCAUGUUUCUGUUGUCUGUAAUGGACUCCCACCUGUUAGUGCCACUGCUUCUAAUCUACUGCAGUUCUGUGCACUAUAAAUGAAAGACUUCGAAUCUUGAGUCAUUUUCAAUAAAAAGACUAACCUA